AUGGGCCCUGGACUGGCUCAGGUGUCUCUUUCCACGCUCCUGGCGACGCCGCGGCCGGCGCGUCUCCGCUCGGCUCCAGGCGAGGUGCAUGCGCCGUGCGAGUGCGGAGACAGUGUCUCUCCGCCGCUCGCCGUGCUGUCUCCUUCUUCUUCGCACCAGCGACGCCAGCUGCUCUCGACCUUUGCGGCAGUCUUCCCGGCCGAAUGUACACCGCGGAACAGCGCCACGGCGCAUUCAGUUUUGAAGCGCGCGUCUUCUCCGCUCCGACGCGCCUCGUGCUCCUCCAAGCCGCGCUUUCUCGAUGCCGCAACUCCGUCCCCACUACGCCCUGUCCCGCUGUGCAGACCGGAGCGCCUCGAGGCCCAGCGCCUCGCUCUCUUGACCCCGCCGCGGUCGCCUCUCUCCGCGCCCGCCGCCGAGACCGGCGCGCCCGACAGUCGAGCUGCGGAGGUCGCCGCGGCGCUCGAGGCGACCCCACAUGUCUCCGGAACGGAGACACCUCGCGGCCACAAGGAGGGAAGUUCGUGCCUCUCGCCGCUGCUCGCCUCGCCCGCUGCUCCGAAAAUCAAGCGCCGGCGCCUAGUUCUCGCAGAGACGCAGUCCGGCGCCGCUUCGUCUGCAAGGCUUGACGACGCCUCCUCGGGCGGCGGCACGCCUCUCCGGUCUCCAUCGCCUGCGACCGCGGUCGUAGGGCUCCACGCAGGCCUCUUCCUGCACCUGCACCAGUGGCGCUCGCUCCCCGGGGCGCCGCUUCGCGAACGGCCCGCGCUGUCCCCCGCGAGACAGGCGAGUGAAGGGCGGCGAGGGGACCGGGACGCGCGCGAGGCGAGGCUGACUUCUAGCGCUGCGGCGAGCCUCGCGGGCGCCCGGAGCUCGGGCGGCGCCUGGCGACGCUGGGGACGCAUGCAGGCCGGGCGCCUGGAGAGAGAAGAGACGCUUGAGGACCGAGGGGAACUGGACGGCGGAGGCUGGGAAACGCUGGGGGAUGAGGCGACCGCGAAGCGGGGCGAGCCAUCGUGUCUAGGUCGAAGACGCGUUAGAGACGACGCCAGCGACGCGGGCCGGAGAACGGCAGAGACCAAGGAGACACCAAGGAGACGGCUGGGGGCGGGGAGCGAAGGCCGCGCGCGCGUGGCCAAGGAGGAACCCGGGGCGCCGGCGCCAGCCCAAGUUGAAAGGACGGAAACGAAGCUCGGAGCCGAAGGCAUCAAGGUGACUCUUCUUCUCUCCGUGCCCCGUUGGUAUUCUCUCGCAAACACCAUCUGCAGCUACGGCUUCUUCUGCAUGCAUCCGAAUCGGUGGACGCUGGAGCCGUCGUCUGUCGCCAACUCCCGUUCGUUCUCCACCCCGUCUCCCGCGUCUCCAGGGCUCCUGUCUCCUCUUGGCGACGCAGGAGCUCCCGACCCUACGGACGCGCUCAAGCCAAGAGUCUCUCAGCCUUCUGCUCUCUCCACCGAGCGACGAAUCACGCGAUCUUUCGCGAAACACGACCCGUCCCUCGGAGCUUCCACAGCGCUCGCCGACGGGCCAAGCGACCCGGCGACCUCCGGAGACUCCGCAGACGUCCCAGGCGACGACACGCGCCCUGGAGCCCAACGCGGUCGGAGGCGCGGGGAGACACCGCUGGCCGCGUCGCGCCGCGUGCAGGGGUCCGCGCCUACCGCGGGUUCGCGGGCGGUGCGUCUCGACGGCUCCUUCUCUCGGCCUCUGCGCUUUGGCCCUGAGAUGGCCAAGUGCUGCGAGGUCUCGUUGAGCAUGCAAGCUGUCGGCAAGUUGCGUCUGGACAUCAGCGCAGGUGCACCUUUUUCGCGUGCGGAGGAAGAGGAGAUUGUGCACCAGGUCAAACGAAUGUGCCGUUUGCGCGUCGAGGACUGGGAGCAUGUCCAGGCUUUCUGGAAGAAGCACGAGGCAGCCGCUGCGCGUGGCUUCGGCCUGCUCUUUCGGAGUCCGACCUUGUGGGAAGACAUCGUGAAAACAGUGACCCUCUGCAACGUUCGGUGGCGGCAAAGUUGCGUGAUGAACGAUCUCUUUUGUCGGCGCAUCAGUUCGAUCCCCGGCAGUUUUCCUUCGCCUCUCGACUUCCUCCGCUUCAACGCCGAGGACCUCUCUCGCCUCGCAGGAGUCGGCUACCGAGCCGACCGCCUUUUGCGGCUGGCGCACCGCGUCGUCGACGGGAGUCUCGACCUCGCAGUCCUCGACCAGGGACCGCCAGGUCCUGUCUCCGACGCGUGUCCCCUUCUCGGCCUGUCUCCGUCUCGCCCUUCGCCCUCGGCUGCGCCGGAACCAGCCGUCGCGUCUUCGCUUGCCGGCGCGUCGUCUCCUCUGGGCGCGGCCGCGCUGAACGGCGCAGGCCUCGCGACGGGGGCCAGGCGGCGAAAACCCAAUAAGAACCUCCCAGAGAGACAGGAGAGACAGGAGGCGCUUUCCGGUGAGCAGGCGGAGCGCCUCAGGCGGAAGGAAGCGACGCAACGGACGCUGCUGGGGAUCCACGGGAUCGGCCCGUUCGCGGCUGAAAACAUUCUCCAGCUCGUCGGCUUCACAGAAGUCGACGCCUUCGACUCCGAGACGGUGCGCCACAUGGGCGAGGUCCAUGGAGUGAACAGCAAGAACGUCAAGGAGGUCCUCGAGAAGGCUCGCGAGCGCUUCGCCCGCUACAGCCCGUACCAGUUUAUCGCGUAUUGGCACGAGCUGUGGGAGUACUACGAGCGGAAAGUCGGGGACCGGUCAGACGUGUGGACGACGCAGAACUCCGUCUUCCUGCUGCAAGACAACCGACACCUGCAGCCGCCGGCAGUGACGGCCGACGGCACGAUCCCCGCGUACGUUCUUCUGCCCGAAAACGCCCCAGCCCACUUGCUGAAGCGCAUUCGCGAGGGCGGCCUAUCCUUCAUGGCAGAGCCGCCGACGAAACGGUCGACGCCAGCGGCCUCAGGCGCCGAGACGCCUGACGAACUGCAGACGAGGCCAAGACGCCGCGGCGCCGUCGGGCGGGCGACGAAAACAGAGACGGCCAAGCAGGCGCCGGGAAACACCCUGAACGGCGCGCGCGGCCGACGAGGCCGGCAGGAGUCGCAGGUUGCGGACUCGCCGCGAGGACGACUCGCGAAACGGUCAGACGCGUGGAAGACAGAGCCCGGACGAAGUGGGCGUUCGCGAAGCGCCGGCCCAGCGACGAGUCGCCCGCAGACCCGCUAG